AUGCAAAUUGAACUUAACAUAUUUUGUGCUAAAAAUGUAGAAAUUGGAGAUGUUUAUACAUCAGAUCCAUAUGUAGUAUUUACCUCUGAAGGUAAAAAGUUAAAAACACAAAUUAUUGAUUGUACACUUGACCCAAUUUGGAAUAAGAAAUUUGAUGUUAAAUAUAACAUCGGAGAGGUUGUAGUAUUUGAAGUAUUUGAUCAUGAUACAGUUGGGAGUGAUGAUCCACUUGGAAAAGCAGAAUGGAAAGUACCAGCAAUGAAUAAUGGAGAAACUACUUAUCACAUUCUAAAAAUAGAUGUAAAAGGAUAUUUAUAUAUCAUUGCAAAAUGUAUUUCUGGAGGUUGUCAAAUUACUAGACAAAUGAUAGAUCCAAAUGCUAAAAUGUUAUUGGAAUUAAAAUUCAAUAAACUCUAUGGAUUACUUGAUAGUUUUUAUAAAAUAUCAAAGAAAGUCUCUUCUAAAGGAUAUCAGUUUACUGUUAGUGUUAAGAGUAAUUCUACUGACAUUCAAACACUAGUUCCAAUAACUCCUAGUGGUAAAACUGAUUGUACAAAUACAUUACUUAAUCAAAUUCUUUAUGUUGAAACUACUGUUGGUGAUCAAAUUCAGUUUGAAGUAUUUGCUAAACCAAGUAGAGAUAAAUCAUAUUCAUUAGGAACAACUACUUUUGAAGUUCCAGAUUUAUUUGAGACUGAGUCAAUUGAAUAUCUUGCUCCAAUAUUACCAUCAGGAGUAAUUGAUGUAAAUAUUACUUGUUUAAGAAGUAUUUAUUGGAAUUUAAAUACUAGUUUAAUUCCUAAAAAUGUUAGUUAUCAAGGAAAAUAUCUGUUAACUAUCCUUUCUGCUUCUGAUUUAUCAUUAAUGGGUCAAAAAAAAUUUUAUCCAUAUUGUAGUUUUACUCUUAAUGGUUCUGUUUAUUCUACUUAUUAUGUUGACUGUCCAAAGGAAGUUGUCAUUUUUAAUCAAUCUUAUCUUAUCACUUAUCAAGAAGGUGCUUUUUGUGACCUUGAAAUUUUAAAUAAAAACCCUGCAUUAUUCUCUCGUGAAGGGGCAAUCGUUGGAAAAGGAAAAUUUAGGUUAUCAAAUGUUGAAAUAAAAUCAACUCUAAAUAUUAGUUUAGAUGAUGGUGGAAGAGUGAGUAUUCUUCUCCAACGUUUGAGAAGUAUAAAUCCGGACUACUAUAAUAUCCCUGUUGGUAUCGAACAAAUUCCUUUACAACCUUGUAUAAAUAAUCCCCCACCUCAAUACAUUGAACAACCUGUUGGUAAUGUUCCCAUUCAAUCUGAAAGUAAUGGGUUUGAAAUUCCUUCAAUUGAAGGAAUUUCUCUCGAAGUAGAAAAUCCUUCUAAUCCUUCAAAACCUAAAAAGAAUUUUUGUGUAGAAACACCUAAGUCAAAAUACCAACUAAAUUAUAAAUGUGGUUAUAUCCCACUUACCCAUCAACAAGGAUAUGUUGUUGGCAUGGAACCAAUGAAAUAUAAAGACUUUGCUGCUUUACAACCAAGCCCUCAACAAUUAGCUCAGUUAAAAGUUCAACAAGAAAGUAAUAACCAAAACAUAUCAAACUUUCCUGGUCAAAUGCCUUUUUCAACAAGACAACAACUCCCACCUCAAAUACCUUCUCAACCAAUACCACAAGAAAUUGGUUAUAAUCCAUUACCAUCUACUGGACCAUUAAGUUCAUAUCAAAUGAUAAAUAAUCAACAACCACCACUCUCAGGUAUUGAUCAAACAAUUCCACCUGUACCUCAAAGAAGUUAUGAACAACAACCGAUUCCACAAAACUUUGAAUCUGCACAACCUCCAUGUUCUUCUCAAAUACCUUAUCAAGUGAAUCAACAAACAAAUGAAACAUAUAGCCAACCCCCUCAGCUCCCUGUAAGAAACCAACCACCCCAAUUAUCACCAAGAAGUCAACAAAACUCUCAAGCACCACCUCAACUUCCACCAAGAGGUCAACAAAAUACACAAGUACCACCUCAACUUCCACCAAGAGGUCAACAAAAUACACAAGUACCACCUCAACUUCCACCAAGAAGUCAACAACAACCAAACUAUGGAAUUAAUCCUCAAAUGCAACAACCUCAAUAUAUCCCACCAAAUGGAUAUACACCAAAUCAACCAGGAUAUAAUCCUUAUCAGCAAGUACCAAGAAACCAAUACAAUAAUCCAAUGAACCAACCUCCACAACAAUAUGGGUAUGCACCCCAACAAGGAUUUAAUCAACCAUAUCAUCAUUAAACCAUUUUUUAUUUGAAAUUAAAUAAUUGUAAUAGUUUUUUUACUCAGUAAAAAGAACGAGAAAUUAAAAAUUAGAUAAUUAAGUGUUAAAUAGAAUUUUAUCUAUUCUUCCUUGCUCAAUGGAGAAUAAUUCUAUCCCUUAGCUUGUUUAAAAAAGAGUAAUCUUUUUGUUUAACUUAUCAUUUAUGUUUUUUCUUGCAAAAUGAGGAAAGCACUUCUUUGUUUUAUUUCUUCUUAUUAAGGGUUUCAAACUUCUUCUGCUUAUUUCUUCUUUUUAUUCCUUUUGUUUAUUUUCUAUCUUAAUUUUAAACAUUUUCUUUUUCCUUUUUUCUUUAUUUUAUGAAUGAGAGAAAAGACUAUUUCAUUCCCAUUAUAUUAUUAUGUUUAAUUUUCUUUUAGUCUUACCCACACUUUAGUACUUCCUUAUAUUACACCAUGUAAUAUUCUAUCAUAAUAUCUUGCUACACACUUUGCAACUUUACCUAAUACAUUUCUAAUUAAA